AUGGAGGGUAAACUCGAGCCUACAGCCUCUCAGAAGAUAUCUAUCACGCCGCUACUACGAAGAUUGUGGCCAUCACCGAGCGAGCAAAAUGUGACAGCCCAAGAAAUUGCUGAGGCAUUAUCUUACAUUUUUACCGAUAGAUUAUCUUCCGUCCAGUCUGGGGCUCUACUAACCUGCUUACACUUCACAGGAUGGGAGCAAAGAGCUGAUGUUCUGAUGUACUGUGCGCAAGCUAUGCGGGAGGCAGCAUUGACUGUUGAUCGCGAUACCAUGGUGAAGAUAGUGCGAGACAGAGGGAUAAGCGAAGGCCGAUAUGAAGGGGGUCACUGCGACAUCGUAGGCACUGGCGGCGAUUCUCAUAAUACGUUCAACGUUUCAACUACCUCAUCAAUUUUAGCAUCUGCCCUCCUUCUCGUUGGAAAGCACGGAAACCGUGCCUCUACAUCUAAAUCCGGUUCUGCAGACGUGCUACAAUCUACAUUUCCAAGGGCACCGAAUCUUCUAGCUGCGACAGAGAAGACAAUCUCGAAGAUUUAUGAAAAAACCAAUUACGUUUUUCUAUAUGCUCCUGUAUUUCAUCCGGGCAUGAAGUACGCUUCGCCAGUUCGUAAGGAUUUAGGUUGGCGAACUAUAUUUAAUCUCCUUGGUCCCCUCACAAACCCACUGGAAGAACAUAUAGAGGCUCGGGUCCUCGGAGUCGCACGAAAGGAUGUGGGCCCAGUCUAUGCCAAUGCCCUUAAGAUGAGUGGAGUUCGAAAAGCUCUAGUGGUUUGUGGUGACGAAGACUUGGACGAGAUUAGUUGUGCUGGCAAGACACAUUGUUGGAAGCUUUCUGGAGGAUCCACAGGAGAAGCACCGGGCCAAGAUGACAUUCAAAUUGAAAAUUUCAUUCUGAGCCCCUCUGACUUUGGUUUACCUUCUCAUCCGCUGUCAGACGUCUUUCCGGGUAAAGAGCCAGUGAAGAAUGCCGAUAUUUUAAUGAGAUUACUCCAAAACAAACUUUCGCGCGACGAUCCAAUAUUACACUUUGUCCUCAUAAAUACAUCGGCUCUAUUUGUAAUUUCUGGCAUCUGUGAGGCGGAUACAAGCAAUAUGGGAUACGGCGAUAGCGGUCUCGUAAUUACUGAGCGAGGACCAGGAGGUGAGAGAUGGAAAGAAGGUGUACGCAGAGCUAUAUGGGCUAUUGAGAGUGGCGAAGCUUGGAAACAAUGGUCAAGCUUCGUAGAUGCCAGUCAUGACGCAGUUUAA